AUGGAUACAAAACUAGUUGUUUUGUGUACUCUAGUGUGUACGGUGGUAGGCAGCGAUGUAUCAGUUGGAAAGAGUACGGGAAGAAAGAUCUUCGAUGAGGUCAGACAAGCGAACCCUGCAAUUUGGAGACAGAUAGAAAAUGUUACAAUUAUAGCACCCAGUGAUGAAGUCAUUAGCGGGGUGGUCGUCACAGACAUGCGGCCAGAAAAGGAUGGGGAUGCACAAAUUGUGGACGGAGGUAAAGGAAAAGAUAGUGUUACUAUAGAGCUCAAGAGCCCUACUGUUUUACGCGGCUACGAGUUUCAUUUGGAAGUGUAUACCGAAUCGAACACCAAAUAUACGGAUGCUGAAGAAAAUUUGCCGGUUCCUGAUGAUACCUCAAACAAGGAUUUACCUGAAAUGAAUGAAUCAACAACUGUGAGUGAAGGUAGUGGUAGUGGUGAUCAUGUGAGUGUAUCUAUGUCUAAUGAAAACGUAACGACUGAACUUCCUGAAAAUUCUGACAAAGAUGCGCCUAGUUUAGUUGGCAAAGAUACAGAUGGAAAUGUUAGGCCAGCUCGUGGAAUAGAUUUUGAAAACAUUUCCCAAACAUCAGGAACCAUGGACGUAGAUAAUGUACCUGUAAGUACCACAGAUAUGCCUACAGAAAACUUAACGACCGAACUUUCUGAAAACACCGAUAAAGAUGCUCCUGCAUUUAUAGGACAAGAUUUAAAUGAAAGCGUUAGACCAGCGCGUGAAACAAACGAAGAUAGUAUUCCUGGAACAACUGAAACCGCAAACACAGAUAAUGUAACUGAAAGAUCAGAAGGUAACGCAACAACUGGACUGCCAAACAAUUCUGACAAAGAUGCUCCAAGUUCAAUUGGAAAAGACUUAAAUGAGAACAUAAGACCUGCGCGUAGAACAGAUGAUGAAGAUAUUUCUCAAACAUCCGACGCCGCUGACACAGCUAACAUUCCUUCUAUCAUUGCAAGCGAAGCAAGCACCACUGAAGAUCCAAAAAUCGAUCAAGAUCAGACCACAACGGAGGUAAAUGAGAAGACAACAAUCGAAGAAGAAGUUACCCCCGCGCCUGUGAUAUUUGACAAUGCCAAAAACAUCCCUGACUAUCCAUCCUUAGAUAUUUUAGAUCUAAUAAAAGCAAAGGAAGGCACUCGACUUAUUCGUCACACUGAAGAAAACGAAGUAACUACAGAAAGUGAAAAUAUUGAGCAAAGUACAACAGAAUCAAAUGAAAAGAGCGAAAGCUAUGACGUAUCUUCAGAACCUAGUGAGAAAACCAAUGACGAUGAUAUUGUGGACUUGAUGCCCCCUGAAAUAGGCGCAUCGUACAAUACUGAUUUUUCAGAUAAUGCUUCAUCUAAUCCCAGAUCUGGUCGUGGCGUUUCUAUUGUCGAUAUUGCUAACGAUUCUACAACAACAGAAGCUACUACGGUUAAUGAUAAAGAAGAAAAGGAAACAGAGUUUAGUACUACAGAAGCUCUAAUGACAGAGCAACCGAGAAAUACUAGAAAUGCUGGCGUAGAAGAUACAGAUGUCGAUUCUAAUAACGUAGACAUUCCUAAAGAACCCCAAGAGCAGCCAUCAUGGGGAUCAAGACUUGGUAACAGCAAUGUGAUUGUGUUAAACAGAGAGCUAUUCUCGCCAGACAGUUCACAAACACGAUACGAAAUACCUAUCGUCCUAAUCUUAGCCAAUGGAGCUAACUUACCCACAAUUAAAAUAAUUGUCGAAAAUUCAAAUUUUGAACAGGAGAAACCUGAUGUAAACAUACAAUCAGAAAGUCCGACAGUUGAAAAUCUUGCAAGUAAUGACGAAAUUCCGAAAAAUGUUGACGAGACCGACUUUAUGCCACCUAAUGACGAAUAUGCAUCGAAUCCCGUUAUGAUACUUGAAAAA